AUGUUCUACGCUUCCGACCCCAAGAGGGAACGGAUAAUAUCCGUGAUCGCAUGCACGACGACGGCAUUGGCCUGUGGUUCUAAUUAUGGGUACUCCGUAUGGGGGCCUACCUUCGCUGCACGGCUGAAGUUGACGGCUACAGACAGUAACCUCAUCGGAACCAUGGGCAACCUGGGAAUGUAUGCCUUUGGAAUCCCAGCGGGGAUGAUGGUUGAUGCGAAAAGCCCAAGAUGGGGAGUUGCGUUAGGGAUACUGUUGUUUGCAAUGGGCUAUUAUCCAAUUGCCCAAGCAUAUGAGGCUGGACCUGGAGGAUACAGCGUGUUUUCGAUAUGCGUAUUCUCUUUCUUCACUGGCGCUGGAAGCUGUUCGGCAUUUACUGCGUCGAUUAAAGCUGCUGCCCUGAAUUUUCCCCAGUCUCGAGGAACAGCAACAGCCUUCCCCUUAGCAGCUUUCGGUCUAAGUGCUUUAUUCUUUGCAGCCAUCGCUCUCUUACUUCCCCCCGGUACCUACACCUUUCUCAUGCUUCUGGCUACCGGGACCGUCUUACUACCGGUGGUCUCCUUUCCCUUCAUGCGAGUCUUGCCGCCCCACACUUAUCCAUACGAACGACAAGUCCUUCACCGACGAAGAUCUUCUGGGAGUCGAAAUUCCCCUCAUAUCGAAGAACCAGGUGCGCACAAUGGCAACCCUAAAACCUUAUCCUCAACAAACACAGGAUAUCACCAACCCGACGUCAUCCCGGAUGCAGGAGAUGAAAAUUCUUCACUUCUUUCCAAAUCAUCUAUCGAAGAUGCCGAAGACUUCGAAGGAUCAAAGCACAUCGAAUCUGACAGAAACCACGAAUCUCCACAUCUCGAUAUCAGGGGCUUCGCUCUCUUGCCACAUCCGGAAUUCUGGCAAUUAUUUUGUAUGCUUGGGCUCUUGACUGGUAUAGGCCUGAUGACAAUCAACAACAUCGGCAACGACGCCCAAGCGCUCUGGAAACAUUACGACCCAUCCACAACACCCGCCUUCAUCGAGAAACGCCAAGCGAUGCAUGUUUCGAUCCUCUCCUUCUGCAGCUUCUCUGGCCGUCUGCUUUCAGGCAUCGGAUCUGAUCUUCUUGUGUCCAAACUCGGCCGAUCCCGCUUCUGGUGCCUGUUCACCUCCGCCCUAAUAUUCUGCAUGACCCAAGUCAUCGCGACCGUCAUCUCACAUCCCAAUUUCCUGGUGUUCAUCUCUGGACUCACCGGCCUUGCUUACGGCAUCCUCUUCGGCGUCUAUCCAAGCCUGGUGGCCCACUGCUUCGGUGUCCACGGUCUUAGCCAGAACUGGGGAACCAUGACCCUCGCACCCGUCAUCUCAGGUAACAUCUUCAACAUCCUGUACGGGCGAAUUUAUGACUCCCACUCAGUCCGCAACGAGGACGGCGACAUGGAGUGUCUUGAAGGUCGCAGCUGUUACAGUUCGGCGUACUGGGUUACUUUUGGCGCCGCACUGCUCGGCGUCACCUGCUGCCUCUGGAGCAUUUGGCAUGAAUAUCAGGUCCAUAAGGUCAAAGAAAGCAAAGAGAGGCGGAGAUCAAAUCAUGAGAGAACCGCUUGA